GGGCAAGCUCAGUGUUUUACAGCGGUUUUUAGUUCAGUAUUCUGUCAGUGCUGUCGCAGAUUAAUGAUAAAGAGCAGACUUUGUGUUUAAGCGAUGGGAAGCAUACAGAGAAACCUUUGCUAUUUGACCCUGGUCUCUUUCUUCUUGACCUCACCGUCACCUGUUGAAGGUGGUCGGAUCAGACUAGCUGGGUCUACACGGUGCUCUGGAAGAGUUGAAAUCUUUUACAACGGUGCCUGGGGAACAGUCUGUGAUGACAACUGGGACUUAAGUGAUGCUGAGGUGGUGUGCAGACAGUGGGGCUGUGGUACGGCACUGGGUGCCCCUCAGUUGGCCCACUUUGGUGAAGGAACCGGAAAAAUCUGGCUUGAUGAUGUGGCCUGUUCAGGAAGUGAAAGGUCUCUAACUGAGUGUCAGCACAGAGGAUUUGGGAGACACAACUGUGAACACAGUGAGGACGCUGGUGUGAUCUGUUCAGUGACCCUCCCAAAGCCCAGCCUGUCCAUGAAUCCUGCUGGUGAGGUUACCUGGGGUCAGAACGUCGGCAUCACUUGUUCGAUCUCAACUGAGCAUUUAGGUGGAACAUUCAUCCUGCAGCAGACCUCAGGCUCAUUCAGAAAGACCCAAACAUCAAGUACCAACUCUGCCACCUUCAACAUGCCUAAAGUCAACUUUGAUAAUGAGGGAUCGUACCAGUGUCAGUAUCAGUUAAGGGUUUCAAGUCGAGACUUCAGCUCCCCCCGAAGUGACUCUGCCAGACUCUCUGUUACUGUGACCCUCCCAAAGCCCAGCCUGUCCAUGAAUCCUGCUGGUGAGGUUACCUGGGGUCAGAACGUCGGCAUCACUUGUUCGAUCUCAACUGAGCAUUUAGGUGGAACAUUCAUCCUGCAGCAGACCUCAGGCUCAUUCAGAAAGACCCAAACAUCAAGUACCAACUCUGCUACCUUCAACAUGCCUAAAGUCAACUUUGAUAAUGAGGGAUCGUACCAGUGUCAGUAUCAGACAAAGGUUUCAAGUCUUCAAGUUUCGAGAGACUUCAGCUCCCCCCGAAGUGACUCUGCCAGACUCUCUGUUACUGUGAGACUGCAGCAGCCCAGCAUCUCCCUGACAUCUCCUAACAGAGGGCUGGCUUGGAGUCCUGAAGGUGCAGAGGUCACCAGGGGUUACAGCUUUGUCAUCACCUGCUCCACUUCCUCCCACUAUCCCACUGGUGUUUUCAUUCUCAUCUUCUCUGGCUCCAACAUCACCGACACCAAGCCAGCAGUCAACCACUCGGCCUCCUUUAACUUCCCUGUAGCUGAGUAUGAACACCAGGGCAACUACAGCUGUGUGUAUGAAGUCACAUGGUCUACACGGAAAUACACCUCUCCCAUGACUGCACCGAUUAGUGUCGUCAUUAAAAUUCUUUUGUUGCUGCUGGUCUCCUCAGUAGCAGGUGGGGGUCUGCUGCUGCUCCUGCUGGUCUUGCUGGUGGUCUGUCUGGUCCUCAGAAGAAGACGACGAGCUGAGCAGCCUGGAGCUUUCAUCCAAACUCACUUGACUGUCAGAGCCACGAACGAUUAUCACUAUGACGAGGAUGAUGAGGAGGAGGAGGAGGAGGAGGAGGAGGACUAUACUGAUGAUCCAGUAUACACCAAGAAGAAACUCAAAGAUGAAGCAGGGAGAGUGGAAGAAGAGGAGAGUAAUGAUUAUGAGGAGCCAGAGAGUGACGAAGAUCAUGAUUAUGAGGAAGCGGGCCCCGAUGCCAAUUUUAUAAAUGGCAAGGAGGUCUGUUUCAGUGUAGACAACAGGGAAGAAGAAGAAGAUGGUGAAAAAGGAAGCAGUGAUGAUGAAGAUGACUAUGAAAAUGUAACCCAUCCAGAUAAUGAUGAUGAUGAUGAAGAAGAAGAAAGCAGUGAUGAUGAAGAAGACUAUGAAAAUGUAACCCAUCCAGAUAAUGAUGAUGAUGAUGAAGAAGAAGAAAGCAGUGAUGAUGAAAAAGACUAUGUAAAUGUAACCCAGUCAUUUGAUGAACAAAUUGUGGACAUUUACGGACAACAUGAGGAUGUAAAUUUAGUAUAGCGUAAAUGUAGGCAUGAGUCACCUAAAGCAUUCAAGCAGAAAGAUGACCAAAGUUGUCAGAGUUCAUGUUUCGCAGUGACUGGGGCAUUGAGGGAAAGAUGCUAUGCGUAGGAUCAGUCAGUUGGUUUCUACCUUCUGAGGUUUGACAUUUUCCUACAUAAACUACCAUGCACUGUUGUAGAUCAUGUUUGUUACUUAAUAUUUAAAAUACUUAGACAAGAAAAAAAUAAUCCAUUUGGUUUUGAGCAUGUUAACAAUGUCAUUGUAAGCAUGUUGGUAUGCUAAGGUUAGCAUUUACUUCAAAGCAGCCUCACAGAGCCGCUCGUGUUGCUCCCAGACUCUUAGUCUUGUUAUUUUUUAACACUGGGAAAAAUACUUUUUGGGCUGUUGUGACUCCUUAGCAUUUUUCAUAUAGAAUGCCAUAAUUUUCAAAAUCAUUGUGUAAUUUCCCAUCUGUCUGUGGAUAACAAUUUUGAUGGUUGGUUUAUGUAAAACAUUUGUAUGUGCAGUAUUUAUGUACAGUCAAGGCUGGAUCACCAAUGAAGCUGCAACGUGGCAAGUCUCAUUUGUGAAUGCAUAAUAUAAAGCUACUGCCAGCUAGCUUAGCACAAAACCUGCAAACAGGCGGAAACAGCUAGCCAAAUGAGAUAUUAAUUAAUAUAUUGUUUAUUAGUGAGCUUUAAAGGUGUUAGUAGGCAAAUUUUGUUACCUUUGGCUAGAGCUGAAGCUGUUUCCUCCUGUUUCAGGUCUUUGUGCUAAGCUAAGCUAACCUGCUGCUCCAUAUUAACCAUUCAGAUAUGACAGUGGUAUCUAUCUUCAGAUCUAACUCUCAGCAAGAAACCAAAUAAGCAUAUUUCCUAAAAUGUUGAACUAUUCCUCUCUGUUAUUGACAAAAUUAUUAUAAUGACCAAUAUUUUUUAUUUUCAGUGAGAAUAAAACACAACAAAAAUAUAUGGUACAUGUCCAAAAAUGAUAGAGGCAUGUGAUUAUUAGGGUUUCAGGUUCAGGUGUUCAGGCAUCUGGAGGUAAAUGUUUUUAAAUUUUUGUUGGGGAAUGUAUUUGUUGUUAUUUUAAAAGCAAUUGAAAUCUAAAUGUAUAUAAAUAAAUUGUACAUUUAUUCUGAAAUGUUGUUUUAAAGGCAAAAUGUGUUUCAUGUCAAAAAUACACCCUACUUUUACAUACUUAUAUUUUAUUCAAAUAAAUGUCUUACAGAAUUUA